AUUUUGUUCAACAUCUUCUUGUCGUUGCUACCUACACACACAGCCAAAAUGCCGAACCCCAUUGUCUUCUUCGACAUCACCGCCGAUGGCGCGCCUGUGGGCCGCAUCGAGAUGGAGCUGUACGCCGACGACGUGCCCAAGACCGCGGAGAACUUCCGCGCCCUGUGCACCGGCGAGAAGGGCGUUGGCCGCUCUGGCAAGCCCCUGCACUUCAAGGGCUCCACCUUCCACCGUGUGAUCCCCAACUUCAUGUGCCAGGGCGGUGACUUCACCCGCGGCAACGGCACCGGUGGUGAGUCCAUCUACGGCGAGAAGUUCCCCGAUGAGAACUUCAAGCACCGCCACACCGGCCCCGGCGUGCUGUCCAUGGCCAACGCCGGCCCCAACACCAACGGCUCGCAGUUCUUCCUGUGCACCGUGGAGACCGCCUGGCUGGACGGCAAGCACGUCGUGUUCGGCAAGGUCUGCAAGGGCAUGGACGUUGUCAAGAAGGUGGAGGGCUACGGCUCGUCCAGCGGCAAGACCCGCGCCACCAUCGCCAUUGCCGACUGCGGCCAGCUGGCCUAAGCGGUCUGCUGCAGCAAGUGCGCACCGGGGGCGUGUACGCUCCGCGGAUUGGGCGCGGCGCUGCAGGCGCGGCGCCGGGAGGGCCUGACAUCGGAGUUUGUGCUGUGAUCAGGCACGUUAGAGUCUGCAUGGAGCAAUUUGGCAUGUCGGGCGAGGGCGGACUGUGGAAGUCGGCGGCUAAUGGCUGUGCGGCUGGCGCUUCCGCGGCAUGGAUUGUGUUGCGGGGCUGCUCUUCAUGGCAGGGGCAUAUGCCAGGCAUGCGUUGACAGUUGUUGUCCAGGUGUCGGGUUUCGGACGAUGAUGUAGUUGUUUUGUGUGUACACGUACGAAGCGCAUUCGUGUUUGUUGAUAGUGACGAUCCUGGCAUGCAUGUUCGUCUUUCCAUAGCGUGCGUUGUGGAAUGCAUGCGUGUCCUUUCAAAGUGUAACAAGUCAUAAUGGGAAUACUACUUGCGACCAGUUAAUGGAGCAGCAGCGGAGCGGAGCGGUAUUGGGUCAGAUUACAUGUAGAGGACCAGGUGCGCG